CUCAGUGGUCACCAGAUGUGGAAUGCGCUCGAGACACUCGACACUACUCUGCUUCACAAGAUCGACGCUGUGUGGAGCAGAAGGACUCGAGUUUGAGCCUUUUAAGAUCUGCUGCAGUUUAGCAACCUGGACUAAAAUGGAUCAGAACAAGCUCGAAAUCGAGCUCGAACGUGACGUGAUUCAUAACGACCAGAGCGAUGCGAAGCACCCGUCUUUAACCGAGCAGGACCGGUCCACUAGCGGAGUAAAGGAGCAGCAGGACCCCGACCGCGCUGGUACCACAGAUCAACAGGCAGAAGAAGAAUGUGGAGCAGAGCAAAAGAGCUGCAGCACAAAGCAGGAGCCAAAGGCAACAACAGCAGGGCCUCCUCUAUCACAGUCCUUGUAAAGGCUGCUCUUUUAACAUCCUGGCUCCAGUCCCACAUUUUCAGUCACACACUGAUAAUUGUGUUUACUUUAGAGGAAGAGGAAGUCCAGGGCACUGUGACCCACACACACACAGUGCAAACACAGACCACAUUUCCGGUGUCCUAGAACACAGACUGAACCUGGUGAGGACCAGGAUGUGAGACACGUAGACACUCAACACACUGAGCAGACAUUAUUCCUAUAACAUAUGUCACUACUGCACUAGGAGACAGAGAAUGUUAUGUUUGGCCUGUGUGAGCAGGUCAGUUUGAGGUAAAUCACCUCCAGAUGUCUCUAAUGUUAUGAGCUCUGUCUGUUGUUCUUCAUGUCUUUGUCUUGGUUUGGGCCGAUCUGUCCUCAAACUCUUCCCCUAUCUGUGCCUUGAGUGUUUAUGAUUUACUUUAUCACUUAGUAAAAGUGGUAGUUUUACUCUGAGUCAGUUUUUCUGCAGAGCUCCAUCCCCUCUGUUUGUAGAGGAGGCAGAACCUUCUCUGUCUGCUUUGUCUCUGUUUUGUAAGAACAAAUGAGGAGUUGGAUUUCAUUUACUCUUAGCAGCCUGAUGGUUCAACGCUUGACAGACUCCACAUAAACACACAGCUAGUAAAGAUGAGAGAAGGGAGGCUUUGACUGAUGACUGUUCUGGAAGCUGCUGCUGCUUUGUCUAACUUUCCUCUUUACAGGUGAUGUUUAUGUAUGUGACUGGAGCUCAGGAGACCUGGGCCUGUGUCUUCAUUGUUCUGUGAUGGGGCUUCAGUGCUGCUUUGGGGCUCGGUUCUGUCUGAUGCUGAGAAUUAGGGAGCUUGGGGAAAAACAUCUGGUCUGGUGAAUUACCUGUUAACUGUUACAGUAAUUGCAUAUUAUAUAAAUCAAUAAAUUAAAUCAAAUGUGAAAUUGCCAGUUAGACGUACCUUGCGCCAGAACUGUAACCACUUCAACAGCCUCCCAUUCCAUUUUAAAGUCAGAUUUUGGAUCAAACAAACUCCACCACUGGAUGAGGUAGCCAAUUUUGCUGUUACAAUGCAUUCAGUGACUGUGACGUUUGAUCCCUGUGGCGGAUCACAGCUAUGCGCUUCCUCAAAGAGGUGUGGCGCUCAACUUUGCUUGCGACACAGCCCUAAAACAGACCGUUGUGGACGAGAGCUUAAAACACACAUUUUCAGAUGGUCCGUGUGGGCGAUCUACUGUACAACGCUUUUUGGCAUGAAAAGUUACAGACACCUUAUUGAGACAUCAAGGUCCAAUUCAAUAGCAAUAUUUAGCGUGGAAAAAAAGUGUGUGCAUGGGCCUUUUAAUACCACAGCCAGGAAGUGGAGGAGGCCAACUGUGCAUAGCUCAGGAGGGGGAAUCUGCCACCUAUGAUUUUAUUUUAGGUUUAUGUUGAGGAUUUGUUUAGGUGGGAGUGGAGUGGGUUUUACUUUAGUUUACUUUGUUUGUUGUGUAAAUAUAAUCUUCGUUUAAUCUUGUAUGUAUUUUAAGUUUAGUGUUUGUAGCUGAUUGUUUGUUUAUUCUUCUUACCUCCUUUAUGUUUUAGUAUAACCUGUGUCUUUCAUGAAAAGUUUGUGAAAAGUGUUUUAGAUCAGUUAGUGAAUGUUUAGUUGCUGUCUGUUUUGUUGACCUCUGUUAAGUUAAAGGGCCACUUCCAAGCUGUUUAAGUUUUUUUUGCAAUAUUGUUAAUUUUGAUUAAGUUGUUAAUAAACUACACUUUUUUGAUUUACCCCUAGUUUUCUAAGCCUUACUGCUUUGUCCCUAAUCUCAGAGGGAAAUUGCUUUGCCCACUUAUGAUUGCUUUCACAGAUACAGUAGAGAUACAGUAUUAUCGAGACAGACAAGUAUAGGUAUUUGUACACUAUCAAAACCUCCACCACUUCCUUUUUAAUAGUGAGAGGGGUGCUAGGACUCCCAUAUUUCCUAAAGUCAAUCACCAGGGGCCUCAUGUACAAAGACUUACAUAGGUUUCCUACUAAAGUUUGCGUAAGUUUGAUAGGAGGACCAUUUAGUGGCUGGAGACACAGGAGGUUUAACGCAGAGAUAUUGUAAACAGGUGCUUUAAUUUUUACCCGGUGAGCAAAAUAAGCAUACAUUUACCAACAAAAUAACAAAAAUAAAAUAAACAUUAACAUGCAAAAAGGCCACAGCCCAUGUGCAGCCUCCUUGAAUGCUUUGUCACAUUCCUCUGUCCAUUUUAGUUUGCUGAGUGCUGAGCCUCUGGUGAGGUUGGUUAACACAAUGGAGAGGUCGGAAAAGUGAGUUCAUCAACAAUUCGUAUGUGACCUUACCUACUCGUCAAAUGAUGGUCCAUGCCACUUAGUCAACAAUUUACUGUCCACGGUUGGAAGCAAUGAUAAUCUUCUGUCCUGGUUCUUUCUCUGGCUUUUUGAUCAUAACAGUUAUUUUGGUUAUGUUGUGCUGCUAAUUCUCUCCUGGGCUACUGCCGCCAUUUUCUCCAGCUUCUCUCUCAUCUUUACCACAUAUGCUAUGACAUUUUCUAAUGUAGAUGCUGGAUUUCCAAUAGUCCUUCAAGAGAUCCAAUGGUCCCCUCAUCUGGCAUCCAUACAGCAGUUCAAAGGGGGAGAAACCUGUUGAUGCCUGUGAUACCUCCCAAUAAGCAAACAGCACGUAUGGCAGCCAUUGAUCCCAGUCCUCUUCUGAUUCUGAAAUAAACUUGUACAGCAUGUUUUUAUUGUGUGGUUGUACCUUUCAAUAAGCCCGUCUGUUGGAGGGCGAUAGGGUGUGGUCUUAAUUCCCUGCACUCCUAACAGUUGGCAAACCUGUUGCAAUUUGACAUGAAGUUGGUACCUGUCUGUCAGAAGUUCUAUAGGUAUUCCAACUGUAGAAAACAGUUGCAAAAGGCAAUUGGCAACGUUUCUGGCUUUUACUGACCUUAGAGGGAAAGCUUCUGGAUAAGGAGUAGCAUAGUCACGCAUUACUAUGUACCGGUUUCCUGAUGCACUUCUCUCCAGGGACCCCAUGACAUGCAUGCUUAAUCUCUGUGGUGGAAAUUUUCCAUAAAGAAGUAGAUGAGAGAGAGUUGUCCUUUUGUGCGAUUUAUUGAAAUAAUAAAGAAAAUAAAAAUAAUGGGGAAAGCAAAUAAAAAGCAUGGAUGUUGAUCGUGCACAUCAACAAACCAAAAACCAGCUGGGGAGAUCAGUGCACACACCACGAAGGUGUGAUGCAAAGAGCCCAUGAUCCUCAAGUUGCUUCUGCCUUUUAGCUUCUCUGUCCGACUAGGGUGGAAUGUCUUUCUAACCCAAUCAAAUUACAUGCACCAUCUCCUCCCUGUCACAGUGUGUGUGAAGAUAUUUACAUUCUCACACCUGCAUCGCUGACGUCCAACUAUCUGUGAGAAAGGAGCACCAAGUCUCAACAGACAGAGACACAACUCCCUGACCUUGGGUUUGGGAGCUAGAGUUGAGAGUCUAUCAGGCAGAGACAACCAUUGAACAGUCUAGGUGAAAUGUCAAAUGCAUACAGUAAGACAAAACAGAACAUAAGUCAUAAAUCGUAUAAUAACUGCAUAGAAGUAAGGAAGACACAAUUUUUCCCAUAACACCGCCCCCUUUUGAUUACACAUUAAUCAACCACUAAAAGAAUAAAAAUUGUCAACAUCACAUUCUGUAAUAAUAAAAGACCCUUGCAAAUGAAACAAUAAGGGUAUUACCUCAUCAAGAUUCAAAAUACACCUUCACAUAAAAUGCAAGUAACUUGGGAGCUGUUUUGGUGGGUAGUUAUACAAGAAUAACCUCUGUAUGAGCAUGUGAAGAAAAUAAGUCAAUAAUCAUAUUUGUAUCAGAUUAUAUUUUGUGAUCCGAUAGCCUAAGACCAUCGUCAAAGUAAUUACGUGAAUUAGAGUUGGGGUUUUUGAACAUAGUGCAUUGUGUCAUUUCAUACGAGAGUGUAGCUGAGGUCGCACGCAUGAUGAGACCUCUAACCAGUGGAAUAACGCAAAAACCAAACAAGAGAAUCACAGCCAUCUCAAUGAUAAAGGAAACAGCUGCGACAUGAGAACAGAUUUCCAUUUUCCAGACAUUUCGUCUAGCCAAUUCCAAGAGGAAGAAUCUAUACCAGAGUUAGCUGAGAUUCUGAAGGCCGUGGAGCGCCUUCGCCACAAUACCAUUAGAAUCAGUGUUAUUCAGGAUAUAAGUACAACAUGCCUCUCCAAACAUAACACAAACGCCUCUUUUUUCUGCUGACAACGUGUCUACGGCCAUUCAACUGUAAUGUAAUAAAGACAAUUAAUGUAAUACAGCCAUAGGUUUCCGGUGGGGUUCUGUAUCAUAUAAUCUUUAGAUAGAUUUCAUACUUUCGGAUCUUUAAUUGUACAUUUGCGUCUAGAGCGAAUAGGAGAUUCAGGGAUUUAACCAGAAUGAUGAUGCAUAUUUCCGCUUGUGUUGUCUUAAUAGAUAGAUAAAAACUAAUUGUAGCAGUGAAUAAAGUGAUUGUGAGCAAAUUAAACACCAAAUCAACUUUAGGAUAUUUAAACUUGUUGUUUUGUUGUGAAUUUUCCCAUUCAAAAAUAGUAUGUAAAGUUACAAGGAAACAUCAUAUGAUAAAGGCAAUAAUCAGAGUAACAUAAAAUGUCUAACACAACAAGGUCACAAUUGAUGUCUCAUAACAAUCUGCUUCGUCCUAUUGAACAGUAGCGUUAGAUUGCUUCCAACCUGUGUGGUGAUGUAUUGCCAGUUUGUUGGAGUUCUUCAGGUUGUGAUCAGCUGAUCACAGAGACACUUGGGAUUUGUUAUCACCGCCAGGUUUCCUCCCAAUGUCGUCUGAGUCACUGUCACUCCCGUGAUGUGAAGAGUCUACACGUCGUCCAGCGUCAGCAACUUAGGGUUGCUUGUGUGUGUGUUUUCUCAGGAGCGUGUGUGUAGAUGUAUGGUCUGAUAGUGUGAUUCACCGGCGCAGCUUCAGGCGGCGCUUGGCUCACACCUUUAGCUGAACGGUCAACGCAGCCUCGCCUCAGUGCGUGUGUGAGCACAGCUUAUCAGUUCUUUUUGUCAGUGGUGGUUUUUUCCGUGGGAUGUUGAUGGAGGGUCGUCUGUUGGAUCCGGGACCUUCCUGCAGUAGAUGGAGUGGAUCCAAGUCGCUCCCUCUGUGACCUUCACAGCCGUGUGGGUCGUCAGAAGGACCUGGAAGGGGCCUCGCCACCGUUUGGAGUCCCAGUGCUUCCUCCUGAACUCCUUAACGACCGCCCAGUCCCCUGGUUGGAUGGUGUAAUGGUCCUGUCGCCUGUUUUCACCUGUUGGAAAUCUGAAUUGUGGGGAAAAAGUGUUUGGGCGGCACGGCUGCCAUCAGGCCCAAACCAGACUCCAUGGCUACAGGUGGAACCAUUCGUCUGCCAGAGUCUGCGUUCCUGUGAGGUAGAAAAUGUUUAAAGCACAGGGAGAGAGAGGAGGAGAGGGUAGAGAGGAAACGAGGAGAGGGAACGAGGAUGAGGAGAGGGAGGGGUUGUCGGGCAGUGACCUUCGCAGCAGCGUCUGCAGCUGCAUGUCGGCAGAAACAAAGUCAUCACUGAGGGUGUCAGUCGGACAUUAGCUGUAGGCAGCAGGACAGCGUCCAGCAAAGCAGCAACCUGAUCAUGAUGUAAGAUAGGUUUGCAAUCAGACUUCAAAAACCUUCUGUGUUUCCACAGAGAACCAACGUGUGACAAGCGUCUGUGGAGUCUGUGUAGAUGGUAACAGACUCUCCUUCUGCUAGUUUACUAGCUUCAGUCAACGCGCUCAACUCUGCAGCCUGAGCAGAGUAGUGUCUUAGCAAAGCACCAGACUUUAAGACCGUCUCUUGAUAGUAAUGUUCAGCAUGUUGAGCAAGGUAUUGUUGCAUCUAAGCCAUCGGGCUGUAGAAAGAUGUGAUGUUUUCUAUUUGAAAAGAAUCAAAGUCACAGUAUGAGGACAAAAGAACAGAAGUCGUACAACCUGAUUUCUCAUUCACUGUUUGAGUGAAAGGUCGCGUAGGGUCAGAUCAAGAAGACCCAAGGUAGGAGCCAACUGAAGAGCAAGCAUGAGGUCAGUGAACGUUGUUCAGCCUCAGACGUCCACGUGAGACACGAAGUGGACGAUGAAGACGUCUGCAUCAGAACCCUGAAACAUGGAGGAUUUUAUUCUGAAUUUGUUGCAAAUUAAAAUAAUUUAAACCCAUCCGACUGCAAAGUCAUGCAGCAGUUGUCAUUUAGCUGUUUGUCAUCAUUUUAAAAUCACUCUGUGGGAUGUUUUGAGCAAAAAGCGAUUCUUCAUUGCGAGCAGAUAAGCAUGAACAUAAAUCGUGUAUCAGCUGUAAGCGUGUUUCUUCAUUGCGUGUACGAAUGUGUGUGUGUGUGUGUUUGCGGUACCGUCUUGUACGUCACGUGAAAAGGAACCGUCACCUUCCUCCUUCCUCAACCAUCAGUCUGAUGUGAGCGCCAGUGGGUGGAGCCUGACGUAGAUGGGAUGGGUCCAUGCUGUGGUCUGUGUCCUCCAGCUGCUGUGGUAUCAGAGCUUCCACCCUGUUCUGGUUGUUGGUCAGGCGCUUCUUCUCCUUCGGUUCUUCUGCUGAUGGUGGGAAAGGAGUCCAGAUCCGGAUUUACCCUCAUCGCGCUCAGUUCUGCAUUAGGACAGAGAGCAGAAACAAUGGGAGCAUUUGCUCUUGACAUGAUACAGUAUGUGUGUGUGUGUGUGGUGUGUGUGUGUGGCAGAGUGCAAACAAUUCUUCCCCAGAGUUGUUAUCUCUCUUUUUUUUCCGUUACUCUCAUCUCUCUUUUGUUUCUUUUAGGGGUUUAGUUUCAAUAGUCUUGCUUUUUCAAAUCUCAUCUUUUGUCUCUAAUUUUUCUUUUAAGGUGCAUAUGUCCUUUUACACUAAGCGAUUCUCCUUUUGAACCCAUAACCAGUUUCCCACUCAUGGAAACAUGAAACGCACUAAUAACCAUAUUUACUUUUUACUUUUAAUUAACUUUAAUUUUGCAAUGUUGCUGUCUGGUGGUGAAGACUCAAAUUGCCCCGAACGCGUCUUUCAGAGUCCGGCGGUUUCCUGCCUUAGAUUUUUUGUGUGUUCCGGCCGAAACCUUCCCAUAAUGCCUUUUUAUCGGACGUCUCCGUAAGAAGGGAACCAACCUGAUCUGGCGACAGAGCCUUUCUCGAAGUAUUUCCUCAACGUUAGGCCCCUCUAGGCCCGGGUCCCUCGUAUCUGUCACGAUCUGGGUUUUGUGUCUAGUUGUUUCCUGUUUUAUUUUGGUAGUCUCCUGGUUUCUGUUUCUGCUUGAGCUUUACUUCCGGUUUUUGUUCUUGUCACAACUGUCCCUGCUUCACCUGGUCGUUAUCCACACCUGCACUUUAUCAAUAAUCAAGCCACUUUGUAUUUAACCACCACCUGUGUCCUUAGUUCUCCGCCAGAUCGUCGUUUGUGUGUACCCGUCAUAGUUCCCAGUUUCUUUGAUUCUGUCCGGCCGUGUUUUACGUAUCUUGUUUCUGGACUGCUGAUUCUGAGCCUGCCUAAUCCCUGCCUGUUCUGUCUGCCUUGGUGUUGUACCCGCCUGUUACCGACCUUGCCUGCCCGACCACGAUUCAACGCCUGAUGUAUGGUAUUGUACUCACCUCUCGGAUACGAUCUGUGCCUGCUCCUGACUACGCCUCUGCCUGAUCCCAUUUAACCUGUUUGAUCGCCUGUGUAUGACCCUGCCUGGACUUUACUCCGCAUAUUGGAAUAAAUUACACUCCUUAACGCCAGAAAACCUUGUAUUGUGCUGUGCAUGUGGGUCCUCAUCCGAACGAACCCUGGCAGAACGAUCUGGCCAGACUUGGACCCAGCCAGCAUUCAGCCUCCGUCUAGGUCAGUGACUGUUUUUGUUUCUUGUUUUGGUUUCUGUUUUUUGGCGGCGAGUCCCAUUCACCCGCGGGGAGAAUGGAGUUUGCAUGCGCCGAGCUACCCGGCGAUCUACGCCAGUAUUUUUCGAUCCUCGCGGAGGAUUACCGAAGGGCGCCCAACCCGGAAGCCCAGCGCAGCGCCGUGGAAGUGGCGGUGUGGACCCUAGAGGACAAGGACGGCGUGCCAGAACGCUCCAGUGUCCGUCACCUCUACGAGCAAUUGUGCGCGCGGCUUGGGGCGUUGAGCAGCGCACUCCGCACCACACCUGCCUCCACGCCGUCCGCUCGGGUCAUGCCAGCACCGGUCGCACCGCCGAUGGCUUCGGUCUCCUCCUCCCAGCCCCGUCGGACCGUCACGAUUGCACCAGCCUGCCCAGCUCCACGUUUACUCCGCUGGGAGGACUUCCUGCACUCGUGCGGUCCCCCGUCUCCAUGUUCUCCAGCUCAGCCGUGCUCCGUGUGAGGAGCCUGAGGGCAGCGCCGCCGGCUCCUGUGAGGAGCCUGAGAGCAGCGCCGCCGGCUCCUGUGAGGAGCCUGAAAGCAGCGCCGCCGGCUCCUGUGAGGAGCCUGAGAGCAGCGCCGCCGGCUCUAGUAAGGACGCUGCUUCUGUUCCUGUCGGCCAAGUUGAGGCCGUCCCUGUUCCUGUCGGCCAAGUUGAGGCCGUUCCAGUCCCUGUCGGCCAAGUAGAGGUCGUUCCAGUCCCUGUCGGCCAUGUUGAGGCCGUUCCAGUUCCUGUCCCAGUCCUUGUCGGCCAUGUUGCGGCCGUUCCAGUUCCUGUCCCAGUCCCUGCCGGCCAUGUUGCGGCCGUUCCAGUUCCUGUCCCAGUCCCUGCCGGCCAUGUUGCGGCCGUUCCAGUUCCUGUCCCAGUCCCUGUCGGCCAUGUUGCGGCCGUUCCAGUUCCUGUCCCUGUUCCUGUUCCUGUCCCUGUCGGCCAUGUUGCGGCCGUUCCAGUCCCUGUUCCUGUCGGCCAUGUUGCGGCCGUUCCAGUCCCUGUUCCUGUCGGCCAUGUUGCGGCCGUUCCAGUCCCUGUUCCUGUCGGCCAUGUUGCGGCCGUUCCAGUCCCUGUUCCUGUCGGCCCGGGUCCUGUCUAUUUUGUUUGAUGGGGGUUCCCGUUUUGCCCUCCCCCAGUCCGCCCUCCGCCCGCCCUGUCGGUGUUCUGUGCGGGUUGUUUUUGGUUCUGUCCCUCCGCCGGUCCUCCCUCCGCCCGCCCUGUCGGUGUUUCGUGCGGGUUGUUUUUGGUUCUGUCCCUCCGCCGGUCCUCCCUCCGCCCGCCCUGUCGGUGUUCCGUGCGGGUUGUUUUUGGUUCUGUCCCUCCGCCGGUCCUCCCUCCGCCCGCCCUGCUCGGGUUUGUUGUUUUUUUAUCUUUCUUUUGGUCGUCUGGAAUCCGCCCUUGGGAGGGGGGUACUGUCACGAUCUGGGUUUUGUGUCUAGUUAUUUCCUGUUUUAUUUUGGUAGUCUCCUGGUUUCUGUUUCUGCUUGAGCUUUACUUCCGGUUUUUGUUCUUGUCACAGCUGUCCCUGCUUCACCUGGUCGUUAUCCACACCUGCACUUUAUCAAUAAUCAAGCCACUUUGUAUUUAACCACCACCUGUGUCCUUAGUUCUCCGCCAGAUCGUCGUUUGUGUGUACCCGUCAUAGUUCCCAGUUUCUUUGAUUCUGUCCGGCCGUGUUUUACGUAUCUUGUUUCUGGACUGCUGAUUCUGAGCCUGCCUAAUCCCUGCCUGUUCUGUCUGCCUUGGUGUUGUACCCGCCUGUUACCGACCUUGCCUGCCCGACCACGAUUCAAUGCCUGAUGUAUGGUAUUGUACUCACCUCUCGGAUAUGAUCUGUGCCUGCUCCUGACUACGCCUCUGCCUGAUCCCAUUUAACCUGUUUGAUCGCCUGUGUAUGACCCUGCCUGGACUUUACUCCGCAUAUUGGAAUAAACUACACUCCUUAACGCCAGAAAACCUUGUAUUGUGCUGUGCAUGUGGGUCCUCAUCCGAACGAACCCUGACAGUAUCUUGAAAAUACUUCACUCUGCAAACGCGCUCCGUCUUUCAGAAGCCGUCUUUUAUACUCAGUCCCCCACGUGUGGACCACGCACACAUCAUAAAAUACCAUGUCUGUAUCCUCAGUACAGACGAAAGCUCGGUUCCACGAGCCAACCCUUAGCAACCGACGUCUCACCACCCAGAGCAGACUUUCACCUAAUUAAGAACAUGUAUUAUUGGGAUUUUUUUUUCUUCUUCUCGAUCUAAUUAAUUUUCCUAAUCAAAUUUAGUGUUUCAACCAAAUAGAAGAUUUCUUUUCUUUUUUUUCAACCAAUUGAAAUGUUUCAGCUAAAUUAAAAAUAAAAGUUCCAAUCUUUUUGUUUUUUCCCAAAUCAAAGGAAUCUCUCUCACCGAGCCAAGCCAAGUUAAGAUUUGAGUUUGAAUCUGAGUUCGUGGAUCUCGUCAGAGGCGAUCCAGACGGGUGAGCAGUCCUCCCAGCUCUAAAUGUCUGUAGAGGUUUGGAGGCUGAGCGACCCUAGUCCUCAGGACUAUCGUCCCUGGUCACACCGUCCAGACGACCUGCCGCGGAUCCUGUUCGUAGACGCCAAUUUCUGUGGUGGAAAUUUUCCACAAAGAAGUAGAUGAGAGAGAGUUGUCCUUUUGUGCGAUUUAUUGAAAUAAUAAAGAAAAUAAAAAUAAUGGGGAAAGCAAAUAAAAAGCAUGGAUGUUGAUCGUGCACAUCAACAAACCAAAAACCAGCUGGGGAGAUCAGUGCACACACCACGAAGGUGUGAUGCAAAGAGCCCACGAUCCUCAAGUUGCUUCUGCCUUUUAGCUUCUCUGUCCGACUAGGGUGGAAUGUCUUUCUAACCCAAUCAAAUUACAUGCACCAUCUCCUCCCUGUCACAGUGUGUGUGAAGAUAUUUACAUUCUCACACCUGCAUCGCUGUCACGUCGGUGUUAUUUCCUGUUUUAUUUUGUAGACUUCCUGUUCUCUGUUCAGCUGUUCACCUCCCGGAUCGUUUAGCACACCUGUUAGCAGUUAAUUAAUCACUCACCUGUGUAUUUAGCCUCCACCAGUUUCCAUAGCCCCUUGCCAGAUGGUUGAGUUUCCUUGCCAUAGCACUCCUAUCCAGCAUUCCUCGUAUUACCUCUCGUGUGUUGAUCCUGUCUGCUUUGCUUUACCGUGAGUUUGCCUAGUCCUUGUUUUUACCGUCACCGCGAUCUUUUGUGUACCCAACUCUGCCUGCCUAUCGGACCCGAGAUUGCCUGCUCCCUGACUGUGCUUCAAGACCGAGCUCUUUGUGUAUGACCUGGACCGUCUGACUCUGCUAGUAGAAAUAAAGCCUGUAUUUUCCCCUCAAUCCGCCUUUGUGCUGUGCAUGUGGGUCCAACGCCUGCCCUAGUCUGACAGAACAAUCUGGCCAGACUUGGACCCAGCCAGCACUCAGUCUCCGUCCAGGUCAGUGACUGUUUUUUCUUGUUUUUUUUGGCUGCGAGUAUCAUUCACCCGCGGGGAGAAUGGAGCUUACCUGCGCCGAGCUACCCAGCGACCUACGCAAUUAUUUUAAAAUCCUCGCGGAGGAUUACCGAAGGGCGUCCAACCCGGAAACCCAGCGCAGCGCCGUGGAGGUGGCGGUGUGGACCUUUGAGGACGAGGACAGCGUGCUAGAGCGCCCCAGUGUCCGUCGCCUCUACGAGCGAUUGUGCGCGCGACUCGGAGAGUUAAACAGCGCGCUCCGCACCACACCAGCCCCCACGCUGUCCGCUCGGAUUACGCCAGACCCGGUCGCACCGCCGAUGGUCCCGGUUUCGGUUUCCUCCCCCCAGCCCAGUCGGACCGUCGUGAAUGCACCAGCCUGCCCAGCUCCACGUUUGCUCCGCUGGGAGGACUUCCUGCACUCAUGCGGCCCCCAGUCCUCGUGCUCUGCUCCGUCUCCAGUCCAGCCGUGCUCUGUUCAGUCUCCAAUCCCAGCCGUCUUCUGCUCAGGUUCCAGCUCAGCCUUGCCACGCUCAGGUUCCAGCUCAGCCUUGCCACGCUCAGGUUCCAGCUCAGCCUUGCCAGGCUCAGGUUCCAGCGCAGCCCUGUCACGCUCAGGUUCCAGUGCAGCCCUGUCACGCUCAGGUUCCAGCCCCAGCCCAGUCGAGCUCCGCUCAGGUGCCAGCCCCAGCCCAGUCGAGCUCCGUUCAGGCUCUAGCUUCAGUCCAGUCGAGCUCCGUUCAGGCUCUAGCCCCAAUCCAGUCGAGCUCCGUUCAGGCUCUAGCCCCAGUCCAGUCGAGCUCCGUUCGGGCUCUAGCCCCAGUCCAGUCGAGUCCAGCCCAGGUCCCAGUCCAGUCGAGUCUAGUCCAGGUCCCAGCCCAGUCGAGUCUAGUCCAGGUCCCAGUCCAGUCGAGUCUAGUCCAGGUUCCAGUCCAGUCGAGUCUAGUCCAGGUUCCAGUCCAGUCGAGUCACGUUCAGGCCUUGUCCCAGCCAGAGGGCACCAUCCGUUUGACAAGUGCUAGUCACACCCAAUCAGGUCCGACGUUUACUCCGUCGAGCUCGGCAGCUGCAAGCAGUCAUGCCGGCCCCCGGAGAGGACGCCGCCCCAGUUCCUGUCGGCCCGUUAGGGGUCGUCCCUGUUCCUGUCGGCCCGUUAGGGGUCGUUCCUGUUCCUGUCGGCCCGUUAGGGGUCGUUCCUGUUCCUGUCGGCCCGUUAGGGGUCGUUCCUGUCCCUGUCCGCCCGUUAGGGGUCGUUCCUGUCCCUGUCGGCUCCAGUAAGGACGCCGUUCUAGUCCCUGUCGGCUCCAGUAAGGACGCCGUUCUAGUCCCUGUCGGCUCCAGUAAGGACGCCGUUCUAGUCCCUGUCGGCUCCAGUAAGGACGCCGUUCCUGUUCCUGUCGGCUCCAGUAAGGACGCCGUUCCUGUUCCUGUCGGCCAAGUUGAGGCCGUUCCUGUUCCUGUCGGCCAAGUUGAGGCCGUUCCUGUUCCUAUCGGCCAAGUUGAGCCCGUUCCUGUCCCUGUCGGCCAUGUUGAGGCCGUUCCUGUCGGCCAUGUAGAGGCCGUUCCAGUUCCCGUUCCUGUCGGCCCCGUAGCGGUCGUUCCUGUUCCUGUCGGCCAUGUAGAGGCCGUUCCAGUUCCAGUUCCUGUCGGCCCGGUAGAGGUCGUUCUAGUCCCCGUUCCGUCCGGCUCCCGCAAGGAUGCCGUUCGUGUCCCUGUCAUCCUCGGAGGAGCAGCUCCCGCCGACCUCCAGGAGGAGGCGGCGCCGGCUGCGGUUCCUGCCGCAGCUCCCGCCGACCUCCAGGAGGAGGCGGCGCCGGCUGCGGUUCCUGCCGCAGUUUCUGACGGCCUCCAGGAAGAGGUCGCGCCUGCCGCAGUUCCUGCCGACCUCCAGGAGGAGGUUGUUCCUGUCGCAGCUUCCGCUGCAGUUUCUGUCGACCUCCAGGAGGGGGUCGUUCCUGUCGCAGCUCCCGCUGCGGUUUCUGGCGGCUCGGCUCCGGCCGCACCUGCAUCGGUUCCUGGCGGCUCGGCUCCGGCCGCACCUGCAUCGGUUCCUGGCGGUCCGGCGCUGACCGCAUCUGCAUCGGUUCCUGGUGGUCCGGCGGUGACCGCAUCUGCAUCAGUUCCUGGUGGUCCGGCGCUGACCACGUCUCCACGUCUGUUCUGCUCCUUGGUGCCGGCAGCCCGCCGGCUUGGAUCUCGUCUAUCUGAUGGGUGGCCUCGCCGUUGGGGCAUUCCGUGGCGGGGAUGGCGCUGCCUCCUGCGUUGUCGGCCACCUCGGCUGUCUGGUUCCGGGGGCGCCCGGGGGUCGCCGUUUCCUGCGGUGGCAAUGGCGCAGCCUCUGCCGUUGCCGACCGUCGUGCCUCCUUGGUCUCCUGGAGCAUCGCCCGCUUGGAAAGCACCGGCGCGUGCGUUGGACCAUUGGAGGCGUCUUGUUCAGACGCCAUCCUCCUGGGACUCGGGUCUUGCCCUUGGGCACGGAAUGUGCCGUCUCGGCCUGGCGGCUGCGCGAGCUCUUUGUGUAUGACCUGGACCGUCUGACUCUGCUAGUAGAAAUAAAGCCUGUAUUUUUCCCUCAAUCCGCCUUUGUGCUGUGCAUGUGGGUCCGACGCCUGCCCUAGUCUGACAAUAACUACGUAAAAUAGGAAUAGGAAUGUCUCUCUACACCAAUAGAAUUGUUUUUGCCACCUUAUCUCGCUGUCAGUAAAAAUGUUUACAUUCUCACUUCUGCAUCAUCUGUCUUGUUAUCCAAAGGAAGAAAUGCCAAGCUUUGAAGACAAGAUGCAUUCGUUUUAACAGCCUUGGGUCUGGUGGGUGUCAGGAACACACGGCUGAGGACCCCAAUGCACAGCGCACUCUCGGAACGGGUGAAUUUAAGCAGGGUUUAUUGCGUCAACGUAGUCAAACAGUCCAGGUCAUACACAGGAUAUCCAGGCGAAAGUACCGGGGAGGAUCAGGCAGGAAUCGGCGAUCAGAGCAGGCAAGAUCAAUGACAUGAGAAAACAAAACGAGAACGCUGGAAAGUAGUGCAAUGACUCAACAAUCUGGCAGCUAGAGUGUGUGAGAGGUGGAGACUAAAUACUGGUGUUGAUUUACUAAUUACGGACAGGUGUGGGUAAUGGGAACCGGUGAUGACAGAAACAGCUGAGGUGAGAUGUAAACAGGAAGUCCUUUCAGAAUAGAGCAGGAACUGACAUGAAUCGUGACGGUGGGGAGUGAGAUAGGAUGGAGCCAGAGUCCGGGUGUAAAAGACAAACAUAUAUCAUAAAUUAUUAGUCAGUCAAAUGGAACAUCAGAUGUUUAGACUUGAUGUACGACAGAGCACAAGAUAUUAGUUGUUUGUGUAAGAAUGUUCAGUAUUGCACCUAACCAGCACAUGGCGACUGCUGGAUAGGAAAAAACACAAAGGCACAAUUUUUCCCAUUACAUUGACCAGGACAGAUAGUUGAUUACAUACAUAAUAAUAUAUAAUAUAAUACAUAAAUAUACUACAAUCUAAACAAAUGAAUGUUUACAAUUUUUGGAGUUUUGCAAGGAAUAUUCUUCAAUUCUUAGUUGUUCUGUAAGGCAGAAUUUCUUAAGUGAUGCCUUGUCUUUUGUUACUACUUUGCUAGAUUACACUUUUGAAGCGAAGCAGCCAGUAGCCUUUCUCUUUCAUUAUCUGGUCUAGUUCUACAUAUAUGCAAAGACUUCUCUGGAUAUUCUUGACAACUUGAGACUUUUUGUUAAUUUCUUUUAUUAUUAACAUUAACAUUAUCAACCCUCAAACCUGAAUACAUAAAUUAAAAGAACAGUUGCAGUCCUACUUGAUACUCAACCCCUGUCAGUGAUUGGAGCAGCCUCUCUUUGAAUUGAGGUCCACGUUUUGUACUUCUGCUGAUUAGAAUUAAUUAAUACUGCCUCACUUUCAUUCUAUGGUUGUGCUAGACAGUGUCAUAGCCCAACGCUGUUAAAAAUGGUCCAAACAGAGACCAACUAGAACUGCUUGCUGAGUAACACAAGCUAAACAUGCUCACCUGAGCAAAGUGACAUGGCUGCUAAGGCCAGCGAACAAACCUAGGGGUAGGAACCAAAUGCACAGGCCACACACAUAUGAUAUAAAUAAUCGCAAUACUGUACAAUAUAAAAAGUAAUAAAGAUAUAAUCAAAUAACAAAAUACGAACAUAGGAAAGACAAAAGCAACAAGAAAUUAAUAACUAACUGAAAACGCUGCUAAGCAGGGUAAAACAUAAAUGGACCUAAAAACAGUAACAAAGAAUAACCGCUUACGAUACAGUACAAACCCAAAGGGGACAGACAGGAGACACAAUGGCAUGAACACUUCACAAGAGACCAAGUGGCGUAACACUCCGACAAAGCACUCAAAGAAACAGGGAGCUAAUAGGUGCACAAAAUUAAUCAAUUACAACACAGGACGAAACAUGAAGUGAUGUCAAAAAAACAAAGGUGUCACAAGACAAAAAACAAACAUGACAUGAUCGCCCCCUGGAGGCGUGAAGGGCCAAUUGUAAUAAACACAGAUUACGUCCUAGUGGAAGAAGCAGCACAACAUAGUAAAUAGACAUUGUGGUAAAGCUUGAUGUGUUUUGGUAAAGUGAUUAUACAUGUAUGUCCUAUAAUAAUAUUUGAUUUUUGCCUUUUCUGUAUGUGCCCC